GAUGGACUUUCUGUUCUUUAUUUCUAGGUCUCAUCGCUGCAGCAUAUACAUGGUCUAUACUCAUAUUUCCCAACUUUUUGAGUCCGAUACGAAACUAUCCAGGCCCAAAGGUACGCACAAUAUAUUCUCAUAUAUUAAUCAUCCCUCAUAUAUCCGCAGGGCGGGAACAUUUUUAUGGGAUUCUUCUUUGAUAUCGUACGACAACCAACUGGGGAACCAAUGAAAGCAUGGCUCGAUGAUAUACCCAACGAGGGACUGAUCUACUAUCGAAGCGCGUUCAAUGCUGAACGACUACUGCCCACGACACCCAAGGCCAUUGGUGAAGUUCUUGUCUCCAAAAGCUAUGAGUUCAUCAAGCCGAAACAGAUCCGUGAAGGUCUUGGUCGCCUCCUUGGGAUUGGUGUUCUGCUAGCAGAAGGCGACGAGCAUAGACGACAGCGCAAACUCCUCAUGCCUGCGUUCCAGUUCCGUCAUAUCAAGGAUCUCUACCCUGUCUUCUGGAUGAAGUCAGCAGAGAUGGUGACCGCGUUGAGCAAGACCAACUCUGUCCCUAAUGCCUCAGGUACUUCUCCGAUCAUUUCAAUUAUCGAUUGGGUGUCGCGGUGUACACUGGACAUCAUUGGUGUAGCAGGCAUGGGCCAGGAUUUUGAUGCGAUCCAGAAUCCUGACGGCGACCUGAGUACCACCUACAGGACCAUCUCGUCGCCUUCUUCAGCGACCCGUAUCCUGAACGUUAUCGCGAUCGUGGUGCCAAUGUGGAUAUUACGUCGUCUACCCAUCAAGCGGAACGAGGAUAUGAUCCAUGCUAUCCGUACGAUCAAGAGUACAUCACGAAAUCUUAUCCGGUCAAAGAAUGAGAAGCUAGCGGCCGGGGCAAACACCGAUACUGAUAUCUUGUCUGUUGCUAUCACCUCUGGUGGUUUCAGUGAAGACGACUUGGUCAAUCAGUUAAUGACCUUCUUAGCUGCCGGACAUGAAACAACAGCAUCUGCCAUGGCUUGGGCCGUGUACCUCCUCUGUCGGCAUCCGGAAAUCCAGUCUCGUCUCCGCGAAGAAGUUCGCGAACAACUGCCGUCAAUUUCAGACGGCUCAUCGGUUACGUCCCAGCAGAUCGACAACGUGCACUACUUGUCAGCCGUGUGCAACGAAGUGCUUCGCCUGUACCCUCCUGUUCCGAUGACGCUACGACAAGCAAGCAAAGACACCACCAUUGCAGGCCAUUUUGUCCCGAAAGACACGACAGUGUUCAUUCCGAUCUGGGCAAUCAAUGUCAACAAAGCAAUGUGGGGUGAUGAUGCAGAGGAAUUCAAUCCAGAGAGGUGGAUGGCUCCAGGACAAGCCAAUUCAGGUGGCGCAGAAAGCAACUAUGCCAUGACAACAUUCUUGCACGGCCCGAGAUCGUGCAUUGGACAAGCCUUCGCCCAAGCGGAGUUCAAAUGUCUUUUGGCUGCGAUCGUAGGGAAAUUCGAACUUGAGGCGACGGACUUGGAUACCCCGUUGGACAUAGUCGGAGGCGUAACGCAAAAGCCUAAGGGAGGAGUGCCUGUGAGACUUAAGGAGGUGCCAGGCUGGUGAUAGAUAACCGCCUCAUCCCUCGAUU